AUGGGCACAUCCUGCACCUCGGCGGUGUACGCGGCAGAGCUCAAAGGAUUAGUCCUGGCACUGCAGAUAAUGCUCGACACACCGCCAGCAUACGGUCCUCCCAACAAGCACACCGUUAUAUUCACCGACAACCAAGCUGCCACCCUUUCCAUCCGGAACCCCAAGCACCCGUCUGGACAAUACAUUUUUGUAGAGGCGAUACGAGCGCUUGACGAGGCCGAAGCCAAGGAUGGGAGGGGCAGUUUCGUUGGGUUCCAGCACACUUCGGAGUGCUUGGUAACGAGACUGCCGAUCAAGCCGCGAAAGAGGCCGCCGGGUCUGAUCCUAAUGCAAGAGCGAACGCCGAACCGCCGCUAG